UUUAUAGAUGUCGCCGAAUGAAGAAGGCUUGUCCCUUCGGGGACAUCCGAUAAAAUUGGAACGAUACAGAGAAGAUUAGCAUGGCCCCUGCGCAAGGAUGACACGCACAAAUCGAGAAAUGGUCCAAAUUUUUUUCCUCUUUGUCCCCAUCGAUCCACGAACUAGGUUCCUUUUUGCCUUUUGUCUGCCAGUGGGAUCGCUGUGUCGAUUCGAUUCGAUUGGAGUUCACCCUCUGUGCUAUUUUGUUCGUUAAGGAGGCUUCGGAAAAGCUUUUCAGGUUUCGUUACCAAGAAUUUUAUGUGACUAUGUCUCUGAAGGAAAGAAGGGCAAGCCUUGGUAGAUUGCUCCUUUGUGACUGCAAGGUUAAAGGCUCGAGAUCUGAAAACUGGCUCUUUGCAAAUGAUCCUCCCUCGACUCUCCCAAAGCAAGGAGUCUUGUACGCUAUGGAUGCUCCUUUCGUGUCACUGCAGAAAUUGUUGUAGAGAAAUUCAAGAUAUAGGGAUUUCAGUUCUUAUUACCAAAUCAGGUUAUGUGAAGUGUGAAGGAACUUGAUGAGGCAGAUGGGUAUCUUUCCCAAUAAGCUAUCCGUUUGUGUAAAGGCUAGUGGAGGAAUUUUGUAAGUCCACACAAGUUGUUAUCGAAGGUUAAAGUGGCCAUAGCUGUCGAAGUAAAUAAAAUUGCUUACUUCAUGUUUGAGUUGAGGUGAGAAUCCUUGCUAGAAGAGUCUGCAAAAGCCUUGGAGUUGGAGGAAGAAGCUUUUAGGCCAGCCAGUCUUGCAUCAUUAUGAUGGCCCCAAGUUUCCACACAAACAAAUUGUUUGGUUUCUCACUGCAUAAAUGCUUCACAAAUACAUUAUGAUGGGUAUUGACCGUAUUGUAUGUUCAAGUUUCUGUUUUCUGUUAUAUAUAUAUAUAUAUAUAUAUUAAGGUUCCUGUUUUCAAAGGGUAUGGACUGUGGAGAUAAUCAUGUUUUCCAAAUCUCUAAAUUAUUUAGAAAAUAUAAAAGUUUUCAAAUUUUCUUCAAUUUAAAAAUUAUAUUUUUCUAAAAAACAACAACUAUCUUUCAAUUGCAGAACCCAAUUUCGUUCUGCGUAGGGGAAAGAAUGGAGCAACAAAGAAAGAUUCUUGUGUCAUCCGUUUUGCAGGAAGAGCAAUGGCAUGCAAAUCAAAGCAAGGACCAGCGAUUGACUUGUUGUAUCCAUGGCUAAAUCAACCGCCAAAUGUUCCUGCCAAGAAUACUCCUCUUCACAAACCAAUGUCUCCUCCACCGCACCUUCGCUUCUUGUGCUCCGCCGCCGCUGAAGCCUACAAACCUCUCGCUCCUCGCCAACCAGUGCGCGUCGAUGCACCAACUCAAACAAAUCCACGCCCAAAUGAUCGUCUCAGCCAGGAUUCACGACAACUACGCUGCCAGCCGAUUAUUAUCCUUCUGCGCUCUUUCGGAGUCGGGUGAUCUCGCUUACGCUCUAAAGCUCUUUCAGUUUACUCAGGAACCCAAUUCUUUCAUGUGGAACACUCUCAUUAGAGCUCUUGCUAGUAGCCCAGAACCCUAUGAAGCUGUGUUUCUGUAUGUAAAGAUGCGGAGGCUUGGUGUUGUACCAGGUAAGCACACUUUCCCGUUUCUUCUCAAGGCGUGUUCUAAUAUGCGAUCGCUUGAAUCUUGUAAACAAGUGCAUAACCAUGUUUUGAAGUUCGGAUUGGAGCUGGACUUGCAUGUUGUCAAUGGGUUGGUCAGGAGUUAUUCCAUUUCGAGCGAUUUGAGUGGUGCCCGCAAAGUGUUCGAGGAAAUGCCGGACAGAAAUUUGAGUAUUUGGACGACCAUGAUAUGUGGGUAUGCUCAAAACUUUUGUGCUGAUGAAGCGUUGGAGUUGUUUGAUCAGAUGACCGCUGAUGGGUUUGAACCAAAUGGGGCAACUUUAGCUUCUGUGCUGUCAGCUUGUGCUCAAUCAGGAUGUUUGGAUUUGGGAAGAAGGAUUCAUGUUUUUAUGGAAGAGAGAGGGGUUGAGCUGGGAGUCAUUCUUGGCACGGCAUUGGUUCACAUGUACGCCAAGAAUGGAGCAAUUUGCAUGGCUCGAAAGUGUUUCAUGAGAAUGGCUGAAAGGAACAUUGCAACGUGGAAUGCAAUGAUUUGCGGGUUGGCUGUUCAUGGUCAUGCUGAAGAAGCAAUUGAUCUGUUCCAGAAGCUAGAGAGCGAGCAGAUUAAGCCGAAUGACAUCACAUUUGUUGGGGUUUUGUCUGCCUGCUGCCAUGCUGGCUUGAUUGAUUUUGGUCGAGAAAUUUUUCAUUCCAUGAAAAGGGUGUACUCCCUUGAACCUAAGAUACAGCACUAUAGCUGCAUGGUUGAUCUUCUAGGGCGAGGUGGGAGGCUACAAGAGGCUGAGGAUCUAAUAAAAGGAAUGGUGUGGAAAGCUGACGUAGUGAUUUGGGGAGCUCUGUUGGCAGCUUGUAAGAACCAUGGUGAUUUUGAUGUUGCAGAAAAGGUGGUGAAAGAAAUUCUUGAUUUAGAACCUCAUAAUCACGGGGUUUAUGUUGUUUUGUCCAACAUGUAUGCAGAGGCUGGACUAUGGGAGGACGUUUUGAGGCUGAGGAAGGUGAUGAAAGAAGGUAAUUUGGUGAAAACACCUGGGCGGAGCCUUGUGGAUGGUGAUAAUUAAGAAUGUUUCUAUGUAGCUGGAUCCCAACAACAACAAUAAUCCCAAGCUUAAUCCCAAUAUGUGGGGUUGGCUAGGCCCAUUUGAUCAAAUUAUUGAUGAAGAGAUGGUGGCUUUGUAUUAACUGAAGGUGAAACCAUGAUAUGCUGUCCUUUCCAACAGUGUUAGGGAUUCCAUUUUAAUCUAGCUAUCUGACUGCUGAUUAUUGUUUCA